UUUAUUGGGAGUUGUCUCGCGACUGAAGGUUUUUUUCUGUUUAUGUCGCCUCGCUAAAUGAAGCUAGCGUUGUCAAAUGAACUCCGUCUACUUUCUGGAGCGAGGAUGCAGCACUUAGCCCAGCCCAGCUGCAGAUAACUACAGUCGUUGUUCUGAAGGGUUUGGUUUGUCCUCGGAACAGUAACGGUGGCCUCCCUUCCCUAGCUGUCACUCCUACAUACAUCCUGUAGCGGGAGGUUUGAAGGUCCAGAAGCGUUCCUAAUGAUUCGUCAGCAUUAAAGCAACUUUGACACUUCUCAAGGAUGGCUAGUUGUGGAGAGGUCGACCACUCUGUUGGCUCACUUCCUUCUAGUAAGAAAGGCAGCAACGGCGGCGGUGGAAGCGGGAACAGCGCAGACUCGUCGUGCUCUGGCUCCAGCAGCUCAUCCCCAGCUCUGUCGGUGCCAGAAUGUGCCAUCUGUCUGCAGAGCUGUGUCCACCCUGUCCAACUGCCGUGCCACCAUGUCUUCUGCUUCCUGUGUGUGAAGGGAGCGUCCUGGCAGAGUAAACGCUGUGCCCUCUGCAGACAGGAAGUGCCGGACGACUUCUUGGAAAGACCCACCCUUCUUUCCCCGGAGGAGCUGAAGGCUUCGGCAGGAGGUCGGGGUGGGGCAGCGAGCGACCACGCGUGGUACUACGAGGGCCGUAAUGGUUGGUGGCAGUAUGAUGAGCGAACCAGCCGCGAGCUGGAGGAUGCUUUCUCUAAGGGGAAGAAGACGGCUGAGAUGCUGAUAGCAGGGUUUUUGUACGUAGCUGACUUGGAGAACAUGGUGCAGUAUCGGCGCAACGAGCACGGCCGUAGACGCAAGAUGAAGAGGGACAUUUUGGACAUUCCCAAGAAAGGGGUUGCUGGACUGCGGUUGGACUCUGAGGCCGUUAUCGGGCCAGCGAGUCGUGGAAAUUCGGCAGAUGGGGCCGAUGCCUCAGUAGCAGGUUUACAACAGCAGGCCACAGUCGGCCCCCCCGCUGUUAUGGCCCCCUCGGCUUCUGCCCGGCCUCCCACCUCUCUCGGGGGUCAGCCCGGCACCAGUUCUAGCCCCUCUCUAGAGGACGCUCUAUCUCAUCUGGAAAUCACCCCCAGGCCCAAGCCUUCUGACAAUCGAGCCGAGGCUGGGGGAGGAGAGGGGGAAGACGAGGAGGAGGAGACAUCACCCUCCCGGUCUUCUGACCCUCACACCUCCGUGGAGUCUGGCUCUGGAGACUGGAGCGACGAUGAGGAAGAGGAGGGAGGGGAUGUGGAGCUUUGGGAGGACUGGCCACGGAGACGAAGACUGACUCCAGAGAACAGAGCCCCCCCUCGUGCCGAGUCUGCCUCCCCCCCUCCGUCAUCCAGCAGCAGCGGCAGGUCCAGAAUGCCUGAUGGCCAGUGUACAGUGACUGAGGUGUGAGGGGCUCAUCUCUAACAUCAACACCGAAUGGCAACGUUCCACUCCGUUAAUUUAUUCCUGACAUCAUGCUGUUGUUCACAGGUCUGAUGGGGGUGGGGGGCUCUUUGGUACCGCAGAAUUCAGCACCCACACAUCCUAACAGUACCAGGUUGGGUUUACUCUGGGUCUGGGUACUUUGUGUCGUCAUAGAAACAAGCAGCCAGCCGGUAGAGGGGUUAGCUGUGGACGAGGUUACAUCUUAGCUCACAGGUAGAUGCUCUGUGAGUGAGGAACCACGCGUCUGCUUUGUGUUUACAUUUCAUGUCUGACUCCCAGAGGGAAGAAGGAAUAAUGGGGAAGGGAUCCAAGUCGUUCCGAUGAGCAGCUGCAUCGUUGUGCUCUAAACUCCGCUAACAGCUCACAGGAACGUUAGAGUUCAAGUCUGGUCCCACAGAGAAAUCCACCUUUCAAUCCCAAUCCUUCAGAUUCGUCUAACGGCUUCCCUUCUAAACCUCUAACUUCAGAACGGUACCCUGAGAAGAUCUGGAAAGUGUUCACUACAGUUUUUCAGGAGUCCCCGUAGCCAGUUGUGCUCUGGAUUUGAUCUUGUGAAAGUCCACCGUUUGCAGAUUCAUAACUGUUCGUCAUAUGAAUGUCUGCAUAUCUGAUUUAACGAGAAUUUACGUUUUAAUGUGAAUUAUGUUUUCUUUGUUUUUUGUAUUGCAGCUGAAGCUUCUUUAAUGAUCUUAUUGUUCCUGAGUAAUAAAAGUUCUCAAAGUG